AUGGCGGCAAUCAAAAUUCCAUUCUUCCAGAUCUGGUACUCGUCGGCUUUCCUCAUCAUCGUAUUUCUCACCUGGGUAGCAACCUUGGUGUCACCGACCGACCUGGUGUACAGUUGCAUCAGGAUCAAAAACGUACCCAACGGCAUCGCGGUUGGCGCCAUCUACAUCGGGACGCUGCUCGUCGCGCUCUUCAUCUGGUCCUCUCGCAUUUACACCAAUCGCGCCACGUUAAAGGAGAUCCCACGAUGCUACAUCCCCGUCGACAAGGGCGAAGUGCCGCGCAAAGUACACAAGAUGAUAAAGAAGCAGUGGGAACGCAGUGCCAUUGUCGCGUGGGACUCGCGACCCCGAGACAUAAGGGAAGAGCUGACGAGAAUGGCGCACGAGGAUGACGAGACGAGGCAUGGCUUCGCUGGGCUGCUGAAGGGCCACGCGAAGAAGAGGACUGAGAUCCCGCCCGACGUGGCGCUGGCUGCUUGGGGUCAUAUAUCACACCCUGGAUGGUCGAGUCCGUCGGACGCAAAGUUGCCCAGCCUGGAGUACUACCGUGUGUUUGUGGAGCUACCCAAUCUGAUCGAGGCGAAAGCUGUCAGUCUCGCACCUCCCGAUCCGGCAUUUUAUCAAAACGGACUGGUAGAAAGCGGCAUUACACCCAUUCCUGAUGCAAGGGUUGUCGCUUUGCUUCAGAGACCGGCGACUCAAGGCUUGAGGGAAUAUCUCGCACGACUAGCUGACUUCAACCUCGUCAAUCCUCCUGAUGCCGCAGAGGACUUCCUCGCACAGUAUGAAGCGGCGCGGUUUUCCACUAGGCCGCUAACGGAAUAUCAAUUCCAAAACCUAAUGACGGCUUUCUCUGCACUCCUUACUGGAAUGACUGACCUGGACGUUGCUGCGGUCGAGAUGGAGCUGGCGUCCUCGUCUUCCGCAUCCAGCCUGCGAACCUUUACGACGAGCUCAGAGUCUCUCCCUCCCGUUCCUUCCAACCGACUCUCUGCGCCCUCUUCCCAUGUAGGCACUGUUCAAACCGCGCUUUCCCGUGCAAGAACACCCAGCCGGCUACACCAUGCACCAUCAGGAAGCUCUCUUGGGUCGGUGAUUAGAUCCAAUUACGGUGGUGGAUCGGCACUGCGUAUUUCAUCAAGCAAUCCGUCGUUGAGAUCGAACGGCUCCGUCAUUAGACUCAAUCCGUCUCCACGUCCGGGUGAUGAGCCCUACGAGUAUGUGUACGACGAGGGCUAG